AUGGAGCUGCCGCCCACACAGCCAAGCUCACCCAGCUCGCUCACGGCAGGCGCACCCAGGACCAGCAUCGGCCAUCAAACCCGAACCCACGCCAGGGUGGCGCUGCCCUCCCCCAGACUGCAGGCUGUCGUUCGGUCUGGCUUCAGCCAGAGUUGGGGCCCACAAAUGCUGGCCUCACAUCCUGCAGAGCCCCGGGCUGCCUGUUCUACAGACCCAGCCCAGCCCACAGGAAAGGGGCCUCCCCUCACUAGGCAGAUAACCAGGCCCCGCAGGGGCAGCACUGCAGGACGCAGGGGGCCCAGCCACAGGAUAUCGCUGUGGGAGGCAGAGAUUGGGGCCCUUGGGACCCUCAUCCUGGGGACCCCACCUGAGACCCCUGUCCUGGGCCAGGAGAGUGGCACAAGGUCUGGUGUGGGCCGUGAGGCUGCACCCGUCCUGCCCACGUUGGACCACGAUUGCUGCCCCUGGAGCUUACCCAAAGAUGCGUCUUCUCUCUGCUCCCCUCAAAAUGCUCCCCUGGAGGAGACUCCGGCGGCCCGGCGUGCUGAUCGGCUCAGAUGCUGUGGGAUGGAGGCACCGGAGCUCACCUGUCCACCCUCCCCUGCCCGGGACCAGCCAACUCCCAGCACUGUGGGGGACCGAGGGGGACAGGCCUCCUCCCCCAGCCUGGCCUUGGGCCCUGUCAUCCUGCCACUCCCCGAGCUGGGCCUGGCCCCUGCCCUGUUCCUCAAAGCCCUGCCCAUACCUCUGUACCACACGGUGCCUCCCGGGGCCUUCCAGCCCCGUGCCCCUCUGCUGUCGGGUGGCCUGGAUGCUGGGGGCACUGUGCCCUUCAUCCUCAGCCCUCUUCGGCAGCCUGAGGUGUCCAGCCCUGGUCAGGCGGGGAAGCCAGGGGCACCCACCCUGACAGUGAGCCUCAUGGGUGCCCUGCCAGUACUGUCUCCGGGAGUGGGUCCUGCACUGGGCAGCCCAGGUAGGGUGCGGAGUGCCAGCAAGCAUGUGUGCCCACACUGUGGCAGGGACUGCGGAAAGCCCAGCGUCCUGGAGAAGCACAUUCGCUCACACACAGGCGAGAGGCCCUUUCCCUGCACCAGCUGUGGCAUUGCCUUUAAGACCCAGAGCAACUUAUACAAACACCGGCGCACCCAGACCCACCUCAGCCACAGCUGCCCCACGACUCAGCCUGGCACAGAAGGCCAGGUAGACAGCUGGACCCCUAGCAGGACAGAGGGGACCCCGUCGGUGACACCCCUGUCCCCAGGCCCAACACCCAUCAUGCACCUGUCUCCUGCCCCCAAGAUCCUAGAUGUGAAGUUGGAAGCACCAGGGGAUGAAGAGGGUCCCUCACCCAGACGGAAGCUUCUAGAACAGAAGUCACCCCCAGUUGGCAAGCCCAGUGGCCCACUCCAGUCCUGGGAGAAGGCUGGGGAUGGCCGGGCCAGCGAGAUCCGACUGCACAAGUGUGAGAGCACGGACUCGGGGUACCUGUCCCGCUCCGACAGUGUUGAGCAGGCCCUGGCCCCUGGCAGCCCCCUGCAUAGUCUGUCUGAGCAUAGUGCUGAGUCCGAGGGUGAGGGGGGGCCCCCAGCGGCCCCCAGGACAGGCCUGGCCCUGGAGAAGAAGCAGCUGGAGGAGCGUAUUGCCAGGCUCAUCUCACACAACCAGGAGGUGGUGGCCGAUGCCCAGCUGGAGCACGUGCGUCCCCGUCGCUCUCUGUUGGGCCAGCAGGGCAGCCUGGACCUGCCUCUGCCCUACACCUUCAAGGACUCCUUCCAUUUCGAGCUGAGGGAACCCCGCCACAGGCCCGGCCCGGCCCACUCUGCCCUAGGCCCGCCGGACCGCAUGCGGCCCCUCUUCUUUCACUCGGUGCCCACGCAGCUAUCUACCCAUGUCGAGUGCGUUCCGGUCACCCGCAGCAACUCACUGCCUGCCGUGGAAGGCACCCGCACCUGGUCAGAGCUGUCUUCGUCCUGGGACCCCAGUCCCCGCAAGCACCGGCCUCUGAGCUCCUGGCCUGGCCCAGCCCGGUUGGGUGGUGGCUCAGGGCUGACCAUGGGGACUGUCCCCAGCAGCCACCCCAGGGCUCUGGUGAGACAGACCGCUGUGGAAGAUCUGCACUGUCCCUCCGAAGAGUCAGAGGGUGAUCGGGUGGCCAGUAGAGGCCGGGGUUCCAGGAAGGCUCCCUCCAGGAAGCCCCGAAUGUUUUCAGAGGAGAAAUGGCAAGUGUAUGGCCAAGACACCUUCCAGAGGCUCUACCAGAAAGUGGACAGUGGCCACGCAGGGGGGCGGAGGGCUGUGGAGAGGAACCCGGCCUGUGGGGGCUUCUCUGUCCACGUUCAGUCUGGGCCCCAAGCUAGCCUGCCAGCCCCCAGGACUGUUUCCGUGGUGGAGGCCCCCAAGCUGAGGGACACAGUGACGACAGCAGGAGGUAUUGACCGACCUCAGGGGCACAAGGCCAUGUUGCUCUCUACUCUCAGCUGCCAGGUAGCCCCCAGUGUGACCAGCCAGAGUGACCUCCCGCUGGCUGCCCAGGAGGUACAGGACUCCUCCCCAGCUCUGUAUCCUCUUGGAAAAGUUGAGUCCAAGAGGGAGGGAGGCCUUGGGGGUGUCCAGAACCCAGAACUGCCCAACAGGAGCUUGAGAGAUGCCCAGCCAGUGGAGGGGGUCCCGUCAGAGACCAAAAAGUUGAAAGUGCAGGGACAGAGCAGUCAGGAGACAGAGAGUGGCCCCUGCAGGGACAACAUUCAGCUGGGCCAGGCUGUGUCCUCCUCUUCUUCCUCCUCCUCCUCUUCCAUGACCCUAAGUGGGACCAGAGCUGAGGAACCCCCAGUGCACCAUGAAGGUGCUCUGCCCAGGCGGCGUCUCCAGUUGGCCACCCUGCCCCUUGCAGACCCUGUGGAUGCCCCUUUCCCCCCCAAAUAUCUUCUCAGGCUACCUCAGGGAGAGCACAGGGCCAGGAAGCUUGACCAGGAGCUCCCAAGUGGGAAGGGUUGGUUAGAGGACCCUGUAGCCACUGUGGGCUCUGAGCGGGGGCCCCUGCCAUGUUCAGACCCAGUUCCGAGGUGCAAAGAUGGCUUCACAGAGGGAUCCGGCAGAUACAGACCAGGGGGCAGGAGAAAGGGACAGCUGCAGAAGAAGGAUGGAAGGGGGGACCCUGACACCUCGGUGGAUGGGGACUGUCCUGGGGUGGAAGCCUCUUUCUCAUCCACUCCCCCCUGGAACUCUCAAGGGGCAAAGGAUGCCCUGGGGGAGGAGGGCAAGGCCAGUGUUGGGGAGAGGCCCCGGACUCCGGGCAGGGACCAGGAGCAGCCUCUGGACAAGCCUCAGGGAACCUCUUCCCCUAUGCUAGAGGGGCGUCAUGGCCCCUAUUUCUGCAGCUCAGGGACUGCAGGGGGUUGCAGGACCCCUUUCCCCUCUCUGAGGACCGAACCCCAGCUGACCUGGUGCUGUUUGCACCGGAGCCUGCCCCUGGCACGGGGGCACCAAGACAUGGGUGCCUCCACCUACUUGGCACCGUCUGUGGCUGGCACCAGAACCCAGGCCCCUUGGGUGGCCUCAUCAAGAGGAAGAAGCCCCCACAUCACGCCAAAAGGACCAGCACAGCUGCAGGGGAUUAAGUUCUCCUGCCCGCCAACUUCGGGUUUGAAUGCCCAAUCCUGGGCACCAGGGCCAGACUGGAAGGACAAUCAGCCUCGAAGGAGGACCAAGAGGGCCCGUGGGAACAGCCAGCAACACAGACUGAGCACCACCUCUAAAAGGUACAAAGGGACCUUCUGGCCGAGCCGAGCACAGCUGCAUGCCAGCCGACUCCGCAAACCACGCCUAGGGUUGAAAUGUGAGCAGCGGGCCCCCAUGCUCCCCUGGCCGGGCCCCCACAGGACCCCUGCAAGGCCUUUCUGUAAAAAUAAAGGUCGUGCUAUGCGAGGAGAGUCAUCUCUCCCAACCCCUGCAGGAGUCCCUGGUGGUGGGAAUGAAGAGAUGCUGGAAGAUGGUGACCCCCAAACCUCAGGAAGUAUCCAAUUCAAGCCAAUCUCAUCCAUCCCGAUGUCUGUGAAGUGCCCAACAGGGGGUGACAUAGACACUCUCAUCCAGGUUUCACUCUGGAAAGUAACAAUUGGGACCAAUUGUUGUGUUCUCCUGGGAACUCCUGGGCCCCCCAAGGCUGGCAGAUACCCCCUCAUGUCCACCUCCUCUGCCACAUUAGUGGGGAACUUUCAGCUGUUCACGGAGCUGAUGAAAACCGAUAUACCCCUCUCUGCCAGUGAGCUUGGUGACCGGACUCCCAAGAGUGGCUCAGGAGCUUCCCUGACAUCCCACUCCUGCAUGGACAACACCAGAACCCUCUUCCAGGGCAAGUGUCUUGAUCUGGGGCUGGCCGAGAUCCCCCAGCUGCCUUUCCUGGAGCAAGCCCAUCAAGACUCUCCACCACUACACACAUCUCCAGAUGCAUCAAAGCCUCGUUUCUCAGAGCCCAGCAGCAGCUCUUGUGAGAAAGUGGGAGAAGAUCACUGUGGGAGAAAAGAUGGGGACUCUGGGGCAAUGGUGCCAAGAGGUGGCCCAGCUUCACUGGACUCAGCAGAACCCACAGUUAUCCCGGAAACACCUUCCCAAACCAUCAAGAGGAGGAGUGUGGAAGGCAUGAGGAAACAGAACCGAGUGGAGCUGAGUGACACCAGCAGCGAUGAUGAAGACCGACUGGUCAUCGAGCUGUGA